GAAUGAACGUCGAAAAGCUUUUAACUUUGGUUGACCUGCUUCUGGGGACUGUAAUCUUAUGCAGUGUUAGUGCAGAGAAAGAAGUUUUUAUGAAGAAAAUGGAAUGCCUUAAUUAUAUGCCAGAAUUAGUGAGGAACGUAAGCUGCAAUUUAACUCAUACUUCCCACCGCAGUGGGUUAAUAAAUGCAGAGUUCAUAUUGAACAAAGAUGUUGAGUACCUGAAGGGCAUUUUCAUUUUGACACUGAAAGCAGGCUCCCACGGGACAAACUUUACUACUUUAGACCUAGACUAUUGUCAGAUGCUGUCAAGUGUUGAAAAAAAUUUUAUUCUUAAAAUGGUUACAACUCAACUUCGUCAAAUCUCCAAUUUGCCGCUGCAAUGUCCGUUGAAAAUGAAUACACUUUAUUAUGUAAAGGGAUUUACAAUUAAUUCAAAAUUUAUACCCAGUUAUAUGCCGGAAUCAAAUUUCCUUUCGGAUACUCAUUUAAACAUUAAGGAUCGCAAAGCAUUUCGGUUCCUUAUUGAGGGUCGCUUGUCUACCAGAUUCCAGCGAAAAUAUAAUAAACCUAAUAGAAAUCUAUAAAAAACUAUACGUCCAAUUGGAAAAUAUAAUGAGUCUUCGGAAGUCUUGCAAUUUUUAUAGAAAAUUAAAACUAAGAAUAAGUUAUUUACUAAAAAUAGAUUAUCCUAACUCAGACUCAAAAUUUCUUCAAAUCAUCGACUACGGUUAAUAAAACAUUUUUUACCCAAAUUAAAAUAA